CCUGAGCCGCCCGCCCGCGCCAUGGAGCCCGGCCGCGGCGGCCUGGAGGCCGUGGGCAAGUUCGAGUUCUCGCGCAAGGACCUGAUCGGGCACGGCGCCUUCGCCGUGGUCUUCAAGGGGCGCCAUCGGGAGAAGCAUGACCUGGAGGUCGCGGUCAAAUGCAUUAACAAAAAGAACCUGGCCAAGUCCCAGACACUGCUGGGGAAGGAAAUCAAGAUCCUCAAGGAAUUGAAACAUGAAAACAUCGUGGCUUUGUAUGACUUCCAGGAGAUGGCCAAUUCUGUUUACCUGGUCAUGGAGUACUGUAACGGCGGGGACCUGGCCGACUACCUGCACACCAUGCGGACGCUGAGCGAGGACACCAUCCGGCUCUUCCUGCAGCAGAUCGCGGGCGCCAUGCGUCUGCUGCACAGCAAAGGCAUCAUUCACCGGGACCUGAAGCCCCAGAACAUCUUGCUGUCCAACCCUGGUGGGCGCCGCGCCAACCCCAACAACAUCCGCGUCAAGAUCGCCGACUUCGGGUUCGCUCGGUACCUGCAGAGCAACAUGAUGGCGGCCACGCUGUGCGGCUCCCCCAUGUACAUGGCCCCCGAGGUCAUCAUGUCCCAGCAUUACGACGGGAAGGCGGACCUGUGGAGCAUCGGCACCAUCGUGUACCAGUGCCUGACGGGGAAGGCGCCCUUCCAGGCCAGCAGCCCCCAGGACCUUCGCCUCUUCUACGAGAGGAACAAGACGCUGGUCCCCACCAUCCCCAGGGAGACGUCAGCCCCGCUGAGACAGCUGCUGCUUGCCCUGCUGCAGCGGAACCACAAGGACCGCAUGGACUUCGACGAGUUCUUCCAUCAUCCUUUCCUCGACGCCAGCGCCACUGUGAAGAAGUCCCCUCCCGUGCCUGUGCCCUCGUACCCGAGCUCGGGCUCCGGCAGCAGCUCCAGCAGCAGCUCCGCCUCGCACCUGGCCUCCCCGCCGUCCCUGGGAGAGAUGCAGCAGCAGCUGCAGAAGACGCUGACGUCCCCGGCCGACGGUGGCUUCCUGCAGGGCUCCCGUGGCUCUGGUGGCAGCAGCAAGGACUCAUCCUGCGACACGGACGACUUCGUCAUGGUCCCGGCCCAGUUUCCAGGUGACCUGGUGGCUGAGGCAGCUGGUGCCAAGCCUCCUCCGGACAGCCUCAUGUGUAGCGGGAGCUCACUGGUGGCUUCUGCUGGCCUGGAGAGCCGUGGCCGGACCCCAUCUCCUUCCCCGCCCUGCAGUAGCUCUCCCAGCCCCUCAGGCCGGGCCGGCCCCUUCAGCAGCAGGUGCGGCGUGUCCGUCCCCAUCCCAGUCCCCACGCAGGUGCACAACUACCAGCGCAUUGAGCAGAAUCUGCAGUCGCCUACCCAGUACCAGACCACACGGUCCUCCGCCAUCCGCAGGUCAGGCAGCACCAGCCCCCUGGGCUUUGCCCGCCCCAGUCCGUCCCCGCCGUCCUACGCUGAGCACGGCACCACCUUGGCCAGGAAGCUGUCCCUGGGAGGGGGCCGGCCCUAUACACCGUCUCCACAAGUUGGAAUCCUCCCCGAGCGGCCUGGCUGGAGCGGGGCACCCUCCCCGCAAGGAGCCGAGAUGCGGGGAGGCAGAUCCCCUCGUCCGGGCUCCUCUGCACCGGAGCACUCUGCGCAUGCUGCUGGGCUGGGCUGUCGCCUGCACAGCGCUCCCAACCUGUCCGACCUGCACGUCGUCCGCCCUAAGUUGCCCAAGCCCCCCACGGACCCCCUGGGGGUGGCAUUCGGCCACCCCCAGUCCAGCCCCCCACAGCCGGCCCACGGGCUACAAUCCUGCCGACCCCUGCGAGGCUCACCCAAGCUGCCUGACUUCCUGCAGCGCAACCCCCUGCCCCCAAUCCUCGGCUCCCCCACCAAGGCCAUGCCUGCCUUCGACUUCCCCAAGACCCCCAGCUCCCAGAACUUGCUGGCCCUCCUGGCCCGGCAGGGUGUGGUCAUGACCCCGCCACGGAACCGGACGCUGCCGGACCUCUCCGAGGCAGGACCGUUCCAGGGGCCACAGCUGGGCCCCGGCCUGCGGCCCGCCGAGGACAAGAGCCCCUUUGGCAGGUCCCUCAGUACUGGCCGCCUCACUGAUCUGCUCCUUAAGGCUGCGUUUGGGACCCAGGCCCCUGACUCGGGGAGCACGGACAGCCUGCAGGAGAAGCCUAUGGAGAUCGCGCCCUCUGCUGGCCUCGGAGGGAACCUGCACCCAGGAGCCCGUGCUGGGGGGGCCAGCAGCCCGUCUCCCGUGGUGUUCACUGUGGGCUCGCCCCCCAGCGGGACCACGCCACCCCAGGGUCCCCGUGCCAGGGUGUUCUCAGUGGGCUCCUCGAGUUCCCUUGGCUCUGCCGGCUCCUCCUCUGCCCGUCACCUGCCCCCCGGGGCCUGUGGGGAGGGUGCCCCGGACGCUCCGGCCCCUGGCCACUGCUGCGGCUUUGCCGACCCUGUCACCGCCAACCUGGAGGGGGCUGUGACCUUCGAGGCCCCCGAUCUCCCUGAGGAGACGCUGAUGGAGCAAGAGCACACGGAGAUCCUGCACAGCCUGCGGUUCACGCUGGUCUUUGUCCAGCACGUGCUGGAGAUCGCGGCCCUGAGAGGCAGCGCCAGCGACACAGCCGGGGGGCCUGAGUCGCAGCUGCAGGAGAGCGUGGUGGCCGACCAGAUCAGCCUGCUGAGCCAGGAGUGGGGCUUUGCGGAGCAGCUGGUGCUCUACCUGAAGGUGGCUGAGCUGCUGUCCUCGGGCCUGCAGACCGCCAUCGACCAGAUCCGGGCCGGCAAGCUGUGCCUGUCUUCCACCGUGAAGCAGGUGGUGCGGAAGCUGAACGAGCUGUACAAGGCGAGCGUGGUGUCCUGCCAAGGGCUUAGCCUGCGGCUGCGGCGCUUCUUCCUGGACAAGCAGCGGCUGCUAGACCGCAUCCAGAGUGUCACCGCCGAGAAGCUCAUCUUUAGCCACGCGGUGCAGACGGUGCAGUCUGCCGCCUUGGACGAGAUGUUCCACCGUCGGGAGGACUGCGUGCAGCGCUACCACAAGGCCCUGCUGCUCAUGGAGGGGCUGCAGCACAUCCUCAGCGACCAGGCGGAUGUGGAGAACAUCGCCAAGUGCAAGCUGUGCAUCGAGCGGAGACUCUCGGCGUUGCUGAGCGGCCUCUGUGCCUGACCUGCAGGGUGCCUGGCUCAUGGGGCCCCAGGGGCUGGAUCUCCUCUGCCAGUCCCCCAGGCUGAUGGGCGGCCGGCUGGCCGGGCUCAGUGGAACGAGCCUGCGGCCGUGG